AUGAAGUGCUGCGUGGAGAAGGGCUCUGGGCCUGGCCCCUCGCAGAGGGUCACAUCCAGCCUGCACCCCUCAGAGACAGGGACAGCUGCAUUAUUGUGGUCACAAUUUGAGGUAGGAACUAUUAAACCUGCAUUUCUAAACCUUGCAUUUCUUUCAGGUCUGGAGUGUGAUUUGGCAAUGAAUCUAGUAGGGCAGCCCCUGGUGAAGCAACAGGUGAUGAAAGGAGUGAGGGAGUUUCUGGAGAAUGAGAACCCCAUGAAACCCCUCGUGAUGUCCUUCCACGGCUGGACCGGGACUGGCAAAACCUAUGUGAGCUCCAUGCUCAUCCGCCACCUCUUCCGAGAUGGACUCCGGAGUCCAUAUGUUCAUCAGUUCUCUCCAAUAGCACACUUCCCUCAUCAGGAGCAGAUAGAGCAGUACAAGGAGAACCUGAAGCGUUGGAUCCAAGGGAACUUGACAAACUGUGGACGAUCUGCUUUCCUCUUUGACGAGAUGGACAGGAUGCACCCGGGUCUGAUCGAUGUGAUCGUGCCAUUCCUGGGACCCUCCUGGGUUGUUUAUGGGACCAACUACCGCAAAGCAAUUUUCAUUUUCAUAAGCAAUGCAGGAGGAGAACAGAUUAAGGAAAUGACACUGGAUCUGUGGCAUGCCCACAAGGAUCGGGAGGAGAUCAGCCUGCAGGACAUGGAAUCAGCCAUCUCAAAAGCCGUUUUUGAAAAUCCUCAGAGUGGAUUCUGGAAAUCUGGGAUCAUUAAUGAACAUCUCAUUGAUUUUGUUGUGCCCUUCCUCCCACUGAAGCGCCACCACGUAAAGCAAUGCGUCAUCAAUGAACUCAUCCAGCAAGGCCUAGAAGUACGUCAGGAUGUCGUACAGGAAGUGGCUGACAGCAUCCCCUACUUCCCAGAGGAAGAGAAAAUAUUUUCAUCAACAGGCUGCAAAACAGUAGCCUCUCGAAUCAGUUUUUUCUUCUAGCCACGAGCAAGGACUCUCCUCUGAGGUAGCGCGUGGCGUCUAUAGCAGAUCAGACACGAGCAGCCCUCAGGAGAUGAUGUACCUGCAGCCUUGCUCAGAUUCAUAGGAUUCAGGACGUUUAUUGAGCUGUAAAGCUGCAGAGCCCAGGACUGGAGGGAUAAGCACGAGGAGCUACAUGUUACCUCCCAGUAGCACAAGCGCUCUCCCUGCUGACCUCACCUCUCCAGCCCCAAGGAGGCAGCUGCAGGAUACAGUUGUGGGAGCAAACGCAAGUGAUGUGACUUAAAGCACUUUAUUGAUUUAUUCUUUGGCCAAGUGAAGGUGGAUACUGAACAGCCCAGUGCACCACCCAAGACAGGCUGUGACAAACAAGAGAAGAUGCCAAGAGGGAUAGUAGUGACAGGGAGGUUUCUCACCUGUUCCCUGUCAGAGGCACCCAUCUGUGGCUCUCCCCUCUCCUGGCAGCUAUUGAGAUCUAAUCCAUUGAGAUUCUGAGCCCAGAAAAAGGCUUUAUCUACAGCAUUUUAACAAUAUUUAAAUUUUUUAUUUUUUUUAGUGUGACUGUUUGCCUCAGUUCCUUGGUACAAUGUGAAGAUGCUGGUGUUCUGUCACCUGCAACGCUAGCCCACGAAGACCUUUGAAAAUAUAGUGAAAUGUGCUUUUCAAGGAAGUUCUAGAGCCAACUUCUUUCCAGUUUCCUUUCACUGUGAAUAGUUGCUGGUAAAGUCCAGCUUCAGCAUCAGAGUACGAGUGUAAUGAGGAAAACGGCAACAGCUGACCUGCCGAGAGUGCAGCUCUUCCCACCAUCCCCUAGUCCAUCUUCCCCCUAAGGCCCAAAGGAUUUCCCUGCAGCCAACUUGGGGCAGGGUGGGGGGAGGCGUCUUGCUUGUCUUCCCAGCUACAAAAAAGUUGAGUCCUACCUCCAGAGGAGACUGCAAUGUCACAAAUGGUUUUGAAAAUUCUUUUUAUUCAGUGAUGAUUUCUCCAGUAGGCUGAGAAGCUCUUGCUGUGGUGAACUGCUGAGCCUCUUGCACAUCCUUCUGCUGGUCAGACCCCACAGGCUUUGGCUGGGCCAGGAUCCAUUCGGCUUCUGGAAAGUGCCACUUACAACGAGGGGACCUAGGGAUAACUUGGAGAAGAUUAGUACUGUCGAGCACUGGGCGCACGCAGCGCUGCUGGCCUUUGUCCCCUGUUUUAAUCCCCCCCCUCCCCCCAUGCAGACAGUUACUGGGAACAAACUGCCCAAUGGAUGGGCAAACAGGGACAUUUAUGAGAGUCCCCAAUACUCCUCUUGGGCCCUGGGCCUCCGCCCUACUCUGAAACGAGCUGCCAGCACUUGGGACCAUUCCAGCCUCCCUCCAGAGCCUGAGCUUGGGGGACAGCAAUGUCGGACACCAUCCAAAUGCUGCCUGGGAGCCAGUCCACAGGCAGACUCAAAUAUCCUGCCUCUUUCAAAAAAUGUGACGCGUUUCUAAUUUUAAAAUAAAUCCUUUAAGAAAUAAAUGGUUGGGGAACA